CUGUACCAGUUUUGUCGUCGUCGGCCUUUUUGUGUCCGUUUCAGGAGGUUACCAUCUUGAUAUUCGCUACUCUUUGGUUGUUUACUCGGAGUUCCAGAUUCAGCUUUUUUUCAAGGAUCAGAUUUACAGAUAAAGUUUGAACUUUAAAUCAGUCUGUCUGAGCGGUCCACCCCAAGUUUAUUUUCCACACAAACGGUUGUAAACAGAAGGCGAACCAAAUCAUUUUCCGGGUUGACCGGAGAGUCCGGAGGUCACCUGGACAGCUCUUUGGAUGAUGGCCAACCCUCUGCGGUCUGAGGUGGUUCGGCUCUACAAGAACCUCCUCUACCUCGGCCGGGAAUACCCGAAAGGCGGUGACUACUUCAGGGACCGUCUGAGAGCGGCGUUUACCAAGAACAAGUCCGUCCAGGACCCGGAGCAGAUCAAGGCCAUGAUCGCCCGGGGGGAGUAUGUGGCGCGGGAGCUGGAGGCGCUCUACUACCUGAGGAAGUACCGGGCGAUGAAGAAACGUUACUACGAGGAGUGAAGACGCUCCGCAAAGACUCGCAUAGAAAAAAGAGAAAAUAGAAACAUUUUUAUUUAAGAACAGAUUAAUCAACAGCAGCUUCAACCGACCCUGCAGAGUUUAAUAUAUAAAAAAAAAAACCCAAAAAAACAAAAAAAAACACAAAAGGAAUAACAGUCUAAAAAUAAUGUAUCAGUUAUUCUUCAGAAAACGGGGAGGAGUUUCGGGUCACAUCGUAGGGGGCGCUAGAGAGUCUCCAUCAGCCAGGUUGGCCCUGCAGAUCGGACAGGUGGAGUUGUCCUGUCGGGAGGAAACAGGCAGGUUAACACAGAGAUGUUCAUCACAGACAGACAUCUCACUCUGUUACAAAAUCAGCAGGGUUUAUCUAAAUCGGGCGUGUCCAAAUUUUUUGUUGUGUGGGGAAAAAACUGUCGAGUCAGACAAAAAUUAAAAAAAUUAAAAAAUUAAAAGCUUUACAUAAAAUGGAAAACAAUUAAGGCUGAAAUGACUAACCAUGAUUAAUUGAUUAUUUAAAUAAUGUUUACCAACUUAGGGAUUGUCAACUGGAAUACACAGACUCAAAAGAAGGACAUUUGCUGAAAGAACAAGAUCUAAAGACAAUUAAACCGAAACUACAAAAAGAUGAAAAAUCUUCUCUGUCUGUAAAUGUGCUACAAAAAACUCUUCAACUAUCAUUGGUUUAGCUUCACCUGGUUCAAAUUCUGUAAAAUAAAUAAACAAAUCUUCAAUUCAGCACCUUUAUAAUCCAAUUACUAAUCAGUUAAUUGAUGUCAAGACCAGCAGAACUGGAUGAGCUUUUCAUAUGUUUAUGUUAGAAGUAUUUUUUUAGCUGCAAUUGAUCAACAGAAUAAUAUAUUGCUGCAUUUUAGGGAAUAAAAUAUUUCCCUUUUCACUAAACGGAACUGAAUUGUUUAGUCACAUUUUCUAAUACAUUUAUAAUAAUAUAUA